UAGAAUGAAUGUCUUAAUUUAUUUUUGCAUUUGUAAUGUUUUAUUGCAGCAACCUUCACAUUCUUAUUUGCCUCAAGUUUCACAAAACAAUCAUACAAUGUCCUCUUCUAGACCUCCCAUUAGAAAGGACCCUGCUUGGAAAUAUCAUGAGGAUUUUCCAGGGCAAAGAAAAGGGCAAACAAAGUGUAUAUUUUGCAAAACAAUAUUCCAUGGAGGCAUAUAUAGAUUGAAAUACCAUAUUGCUGGUGUGCGUGGGCAUGAUGCCGACCCAUGCACAAAAGCAGUCACUGAGGCCGUACGUGAUUGCUAUGUAAUGGUUGAAGAAAUUGAAAGGAAAAGGAAAGAAAAAGAGGAUCUCACAGUCAUUGGGAGACAUGCACCUUUAGGAACAGGGACACAAUUAGGUUGUGUUGGAGGGCCUUCUUCCUUACCUUCAUAUCGUCCCACUCAUUUUGCUACUACUCAUGCUUCCGGUUCUGCUUCUAUAAGUGCCAGUGCUAGUGCCAGUGCCUCUGCCCCUUCUCAUGUUCCUAGCACUGGCAGUGGUAGUGGGAAUGUUAGCAUUGGACCUAGGAUUCGUAAAUCUAGGUUGGAUACCUUUUUUGCACCUCGCACUACUCCUGGGUCCCAACAGUCACUUGAGAGCAUGGGUUGGAACAAGGAGGUCCAUGAUGCUGCUAAAAUGGCAGUUGGCAGAUUUUGGAUCUAUGGCAGUAUUCCAUUCUUCACAGCCAGGUCACCUUAUUGGCAAGAAAUGGUUGAUGCCCUUACCAUUUGUGGGGCGGGGUUCAAAGCCCCUUCUGAGUUUGAUUUGAGCGGACCCAUUUUGACUGAAUUGGUGAAUGAUGUGAAGAAAGAAUUGGGUGAUCAACGCCAAAUAUGGAGCACUAAAGGUUGCACCAUCAUGACUGAUGGUUGGACAGACAGGAGAAAUAGAACUCUCCUUAAUUUUCUUGUUUCUUCCGCAGGGGGCACCGUUUUCAUCAAGUCUAUUGAUGCCUCCGCCCAUUGCAAGAAUGCCACCUACCUAUGUGAGCAGAUAGAGGAGGUGAUUAAUGAGGUGGGUGAAGAGAACGUGGUAUAGGUGGUGACUGACAAUGCACCAAAUUAU